AUGGCAUCAUCUCAAAUUGUUGCAAAUGAUAUAUCAAUCAAUUUUGAAUUAAAAACCUGGUCAGAGAUUUGGAAUUAUCUAUCUACAAAUUUAAAAUUGAGACGAAAUGAUAAUGAUAAUCUUGUUCAAUUGAAAACACUUUUAACAAAUCAUAUAUCUACAGUACAGCGAGAAUUAUCAAAGCCCAGAACAUUAAUUCAAGAUUAUUUACAAUGGGUUCAAUCAGGUGGUAAAAUUAUCAAAGCAUCAAAAAAAUCAAUACCAUUAUCAAUUCUUGGAUCAAAUGUAAAAGACGGUAAUUUGAUUGAUAUUCGUAUAUCAUGUCGUGGUCCUGAUGAUAGAUAUUAUGAUCGUAAUGCAUUAUUACGUCAACGUUUACCACGUGGUUGUGCAGUAAUUAAUUGUCAUUUAGACGAUGGAAAAGAUGAACGUUUGGAUAUUUGUUUAUUUGCAUUACGAAAAUUUACCGGUGGAUUAGGCGAUGAUGAUGAUCGAGAAGAAGAUAAUCGAGCGUGGUUAAAAUAUUUUUUAAUUCAACCUUCCAAUGCAAAACAAAUUAUUUGUACGCGAAAAAUUAAUGGAGAAGCAGCUCAUUUAUCAUGUUUUUCACUAAAUAAUCGUUUAAUUUUAUGUGGUGGUUCAAAAAAUGUUCAUCUUUGUUUUCGUAGUCAUUCAGAUAUUAAUUUAUACGGUAAAGAUAUAUGUUACAAUUAUGCUAGUUCAUUUUGUCAUACAAUAUUGGAUACAUUAUCAAAAAUGCCCGAUCGUGGUACUAUGUUAUUAAAUUUUUUAUGUGAAACACGUUAUACAGCUGUAUUUGAAAUAUUAAAUUAUGCUCAUCAACAUAUUGUUAAUUUAGAAUAUUUGAAAAAUACGUCAUCCGAGUUAAAAUUUAUUACAUUUAGUUAUGUACCUCAAAAUUUUGAUUCAGUAAUAACUAACUUAUGUUCACUACCACCCGAUUAUAGUAUUGAAAUAGCAAAAUGUUUACAUUUAUCAACCACCGAUUAUGAUAUUAUAGAAAAUAAACAAAAUGUUCUAAACGAGUAUUUAGCAUCAAUUAAAUAUCGUCAUGAAUGUGAAGGUAGCGUUUUAUAUUUUCUUGAUGAUAAUGAUCGUGUUGUUGGUUUAUUAAAAAAGAAGACCAUAUGGUAUGUUAUAUUACGUGCAAUUCGAGAAAAAGUACGUCCAAUGUGUUCACGUUGGGAAAAAUCACAACAAAUGGAUUUGUCAGAAACAUUAACUAGAACAGAAAAACGUUUACGUGCAAUUCAACGUUGGCUAAAAUUUUCUGAUGACGUUUUAAAACGUUGGACAGAUUUAGCUUGUCAAUUUAUUAAAUGGUUAUCAAAUGAAGUUAUAAAGAAAAUAUUGAAUGUCAAAGAUAUAUCUGAUCAUUAUCCAAGCCUAUGGAGAAAAUUUUUAAAUGAAACAAAUAAGGACGAUAAUUUUAUGAUAGAAUGUAUGAAUAAAUUAACAUCAGACGAUAAUGUAUGGAAAGAAUUGAAUGAGGUUAAAACUAGUAGCAUAACAACAAGUGAUCAAUAUAAAUCAAGAAGGGGGAGAAAAACUCGACAACCAAGUGGAGAUGGUAGGAUAGUAGAUGAUGACAAUGUUGAUAUUAAUGUUAGAAAUUUACAUUUGUUCGAUGACGAAGAGAACGAUACAGUAGAAGAAGAAGAAAAAAGUGAUCAAGAUGAUGAUAAAUAA